CUGCACUAAGUUUGGUAGUCAAAAGCCAUUAUUUGGUAAUGUGGUACGUCAGCUGUUUACUAAGAGCUGAUAUGGAGAACUCCCUUCCUGCACAGUUCGAAGCUGACUUGCUUCGCGACCUUACACCUCGUCAAAUUUUCUGUUAUGUUUCAAACCUCGUUCUGCAUGUGCAUUGGAAUCAAAGCUUGAAAUCCGUUUCUGUAGUAUUAGAAGCUGACUUGCUUCGUGCCCCGCCAUCCCGUCAACAUUUUUAUUAUAUAUCAAACCUCGUUCCGCAUGAGCAUUGUAAUCAAAGCUUGAUGCGAGGUUCCAGCCUAGAUUAGGUGUCGUGCAUGGAAACUUCCUCACGAUAUUCGACGUUAUCUUCGUAAAGGAUGUGUAGAUUCUGGAAAAUGUACGUCAUCUAAAUGACGGCACAAAUUAUCGAGCAAGUCCACUAUUUCCGACCAAGCUGCUAUAUAUUGACGCUUCAUGAGCUGCCCAAGAAUGAGUUUGAUCUUUGAACACAUCUGGCCUACUUCUUCUGCGAGUUUCUAUAGAACAAGAUUAAGAAACAGAAGGAGAAUGAAGAUAAGUAAGGAAGUAUCGUGCUUGCUGACGCUGCUUAUCUUUGGCAUUUUGUUCUUUCCUACUACUACCUCUGCAUUAGAGACCACGAAGUACGAUGCCAAAGGAACCAAGCACAUAGUCUUUGUUCAUGGUUCCUUUCAUGGGGGCUGGUGCUUUUACAAGGUUUCCAAUUUACUGCAGAGUAGAGGGUUUACAGUCGGUGCAAUCGAUCUGACAUCUCAGGGGAAAAAUAAAGCCAUCGCGGACAAUGUCACCUCGAUUGCACAAUUUGUACAUCCAGUGGUCGAGUAUUUGAAUAAUGUGACGGGGAAGGUGAUUAUCAUGGGACAUAGUCUGGGAGGAGUUUCCAUUUCGUACUUGAUGGAGAAGUUUGGCCCUGAAAAGAUAACGAAGGCCAUGUUCGUCGCUGCCGUAAUGCCGAAAAACAAUCAAAGCUUCUUUGAAGCUUCUAUAGUGGGUACCUCAACAAUUCCUCCAGGAGGACAACCAUUUGUCUACGGAAACGGACCAUCCAAGCCUCCAACUUCUGUGAAUAUCAACCUGGACUUAGCUCGACUCAUGUUUUACGAGGAAAGUCCUGAGGAGGAUAUAAUCUUGGCAAAAACAUUGCUCGUUCCUCAGCCUUAUGGCGUGCUUCUCGAGUAUCUACAUCUGACACCGCAGAGACACGGAAUGAUUCCGCGAUACUACGUUAAGACAGGGAAAGAUUUCAUUUUACCAUUAUCCGCACAGGAACGAAUUAUUGCCAUGAACCCCCCUGCAGGAGUAUUUCUAUUGAAUAACAGUGAUCACUCUCCAUUUUUCUGUGAACCUCGGAAGCUCGCAAAAAUAAUCCAACUCGUAGAUCUGCUUUGAGUGUAACAACUCAAAAAACGUACACCAAGAGCAAGUCUUUGUUGAAAAGAAUCCAACUCUUGGAAGAGAUGCAGUAAAGGUGAGCCAAAUGACUCUAUUCACAGCUUUGUGUCUAGUUGCUCACUGGAACAACUCUUAAACUUAUCGGAUACCAAGAGCAAGUUUCUGUUCAAAACUUUGAACUUGUGUAAGUUAUACAGUAAAGAUGAGCCAAAUAUUUCUGUUAACAG